AUGUCGCAGGCGGUUGACGCCAGCAUCAAGGUCCUCCUGCUCGGCGACAGCGGGGUGGGGAAGUCGUCGCUCAUGUUCGCCUUUGCCGCGGGGACCUUCAACCCCGACAUCAGCUCCACGAUCGGGAUUGACUUCAAGGUGAAGACGGUGGAGGUGGUCGACGCCGACGGGGCGCGGCGGCACGUCAACCUGCACCUCUGGGACACCGCCGGGCAGGAGCGGUUUCGCACCCUGACGAGCUCCUACUACCGCGGCGCCAACGCCGUCGUGCUGGUGUACGACGUGAACGAGCCGCAGACCUUCCACGGCCUCCAGCGGUGGAUGGAGGAGGCCGACGCCUUCUGCCGCGGCGACGGCGACGACGAGGAGGGCGCGGUGUACCUGCUCAUUGGCAACAAGAUUGAUAAGUGCGGCGGCGGCGGCGUCUCUGACGCGGCGGAGGGCACACCGUUCAUGUCCGUGCCGAAGGAGCAGGCGCAGCAGCUGGCGCAACGACGCCGGAUGCUGCUGGCCUUCACCUCCGCAAAGACGCGUGCGGGCGUGGAGCAGGCCUUUGACGAGCUUGCGCGGUCUGUGUACGACAGGCUGCGGAGGAGGGGCGGGGACCACUCCUCUGGGGUUAACUUCAACAAACCGGCCGACCACCCAAAUCAUGGCACAUGUUGCUAG